GCAGUAAACAUAUCGGAUGACAGCAUGUGAGGCGCGGAUGAGAAACCGGUACCGGUGGUCUGGAGUUUCCCUCUUACUUACUUCUCUGGGUAGUUAUUGGAAACGCUCGAAGGUGGCGGCGACUCCGAAAAAUCCUCCGACAAUGGAGCCCUGUCCCGAAGCGGCGCCGCUGUUUACGUUCGGGGUCAUAGCCGACAUCCAGUACGCGGACAUCGAGGACGGAUAUAACUUCCAUCAGUCGAGCCGCCGGUACUACCGGAGCAGCCUGCGGCUCCUCGGGAACGCGCAGCGGCGCUGGGAAGAAGACAAGCCCAGCUUCCUCCUCCAGCUGGGGGACAUCAUAGACGGCUUCAACAAGCGCGACGGCGCGUCGGAGCGGGCGCUGGAGGCGGUGCUGGGGCAGCUCCGGAGCGGCGGCCCCGCGGAGGUGCACCAUGUGUGGGGUAACCACGAGUUCUACAACUUCAGCCGGAGCGCGCUGCUCGGCUCCGAGCUCAACAGCGCGCACCGCGGGGCCGAGAGCCCCGUCGGCUCCCCGGCCAGAGCCGACAUCUACGCCUACCACUUCACGCCGUUCCCCGGGUUCCGGUUCGUGGUGCUGGACGCGUACGACGUGAGCCUGCUGGGCCGAGAGGAGCAGAGUGAGGAGUACCGCCGAGCCCUGAGCCUGAUCCGGAACCACAACCAGAACCAGGACCUCAACUGCCCUCCAAUGUGUUUCGGCCUCAAUCAGAGGUUCACCAUGUUCAACGGUGGCUUCAGUCAGGACCAGCUGGACUGGCUCCAUUCCGUUCUGUCUGCUGCCGAUGAAAACCAGGAGAAAGUCACUAUCAUCAGCCACCUCCCCGUCCAUCCUGCAUCCACCACAUUCGUUUGCCUCGCGUGGAACUUCGACGACCUCCUGGCCGUCAUCCGCUCCCACCGCAGCGUGGUGUGCUACAUGGCCGGACACGACCACGACGGAGGCUACUGCUGGGACGGCGCCACCGGGGUGCACCACCUGACCUUCGAGGGGGUGGUGGAGACGCCGCCCGACAGCGACGCCUUCGCCACGGUCUUCGUCUACGAGGACAGGAUGGUGCUGAAAGGCAGCGGCAGGACCAGUGACAGACAGCUUCUGUUCCGUCACCCUGAGGAACCGGCUGAUGGGGGAUCUGAAUGUUCUGAACUCUCAGAUGAUUAGAACUAUCAUUAUUUUAGACCAAAAUUCACAAUCUGAUGUAAACUAAGCAAGUGGAUAUCUCAAUUUUAGGUUCCUUUUAUGCAUCUGAAACAUGCAAACUUUAAAUAUCAAUCAGUCAUAGAAGUUAGAAAUAAGAUCUUAAUUUCAAUCUCUUUGCAAAUGAAUGAUAAUACCUCUAAUGAUAUAUUUUAGCAGUUGUGCCUGCCACUGCAGUCUCGUUUGGUCGGUUGUCCAAGCUGCAAACCGACUGUAGAUUCAGUAACGAGCAGUGGAUGGAAGUCAGCGUUCUUUGUUCACCACUCCAGUUUCAGACGUGGCAUUUUACCCGAACUUCAUUGUCAGACGGUGACACAGCGUUUUUAUUCAGUAUCAUAUUCCACUGGUAUCCAGUGGCAGUUUUCUGGCAUGGAUGACAGGAUCGAAGGAGACUUUUGCACCCUCUAGUGGCAGGUGGUGUCCAUUCAGGGACGUGUCUUUUUAAUUUAGUGGUCUCCCUGAGGCAUUCAACUGGUUUACACUGGAUUUCAUGACGCUUCAGUGUCAUCCAGCGGUUCUACAACUUGAAAAUCUACUGGUAAAUCGUUGUGUGGUUCCUGUAUGGAACCUUAUGGCAAUCAGCAAGUGCUGUCUUGUGGCACUUUAAGGUUACUUUCCAGAAGAUGUGUGGCUUUUACACAGGGUCUGAUGACACCUUGUGUGCCUGUUUCAUCCACUGUCACUUCUGAAAAAUCAACCAAACACUAGACCAGCACUGGCCGAGAAAACAGACCUCUGCCUUUGAGACCCAAAGAUGAACAAAGCUCUGGCACUUUUGAAUUUUUAAAGAUUCCAAACUUACCCAGAUGUGUGAGAUGUUUGAGGGAUUAUUUGGCACUUUUCAGGAAGAAGUUUUUAAAUACAGUACCUCUUAUGUUUUUAUUCUAUUUAUAUUUAAAAUAUAUUUUCUCUAUUUGACAAAGUGAAUGAUACCUGCUCCUUUUAAUGUUUUAUUUUUUAGCAGCAGUAGAGGAAACGGGUGGUUUUCUUUUGCAGAUUGCACAGAAAUGUAAUCAUUUUUAAUGACUGUUUUACGGUGCGGUAUGGAGGCGUUUGAGUGCAGCGUGUUGCUGUAAUGACAGGAAGUCACGAUAUUCAAUCAUAAAAUAAAUGAUCU